CAGCUGCGGGGUGGGUGGGGUCACAAGGAGCCAAGAUGGCUGACUUUGAGGAGCCGCUGUCAGAUGAAGAGAAGGUCCGCAUAGCGGCCAACUUUGUGACUCAUGCCCCACCAGGAGAGUUCAAUGAAGUCUUCAAUGAUGUGCGGCUUCUUCUCAACAAUGACAACCUCCUCAGAGAGGGGGCAUCACACUCCUUUGCCCAGUACAACAUGGAUCAGUUUACUCCUGCCAAACUAGAGGGCUACGAUGAGCCGGUCCUGAUUACAGAGCAUGGUGACUUGGGUCAGGGACGCUUCUUGGACCCCCGCAACCGUGUGUCCUUCCGCUUCGACCACCUUAGGAAAGAGGUGAGCGACGUGCAGCCAUAUGAAGGAGAGUCAGCCCUGAAAGGCUGGAGAGAUGCCUGCGAUACUGUCCUUAGUGCCUAUGUCAAAGAGCACUACCCUACUGGAGUCUGCACGGUAUAUGGGAAAACUGUUGACGGCCAGCAAACAAUUAUAGCCUGCAUUGAGGGACAUCAGUUUCAACCCAAAAACUUCUGGAAUGGUCGCUGUAGGUCAGAGUGGAAGCUAACCAUUGGCCAGUCCACUGCUCAGGUGGUGGGAGUGUUGAAAAUCCAGGUACACUAUUAUGAAGAUGGGAAUGUGCAGCUGGUUAGCCAUAAGGAGGUAGAAGAGUCAAUACCAGUAACUAAUGAAAGCCAGACGGCUAAGGAAUUUGUUGACAUUAUCGAGAACGCUGAAAAUGAUUACCAGACCGCAAUCAGUGAGAACUACCAGACCAUGUCUGACACCACCUUUAAAGCCCUGCGUCGCCAGCUGCCUGUCACACGCACUAAAAUCGACUGGAAUAAGAUCCUAAGUUACAAAAUUGGCAAGGAGAUGCAGAAUGCGUAAUGGAAGGUCAGGGACUGACCAGGGAGAUGUACGCUCCACUGGGCCCACAACCCACCUAUACAUGCGCAAGGACUUACCAAAGCAAAACUAUAUCAGUAUGGGGCAACAAAUUAAUAUUAAAAAAAAAAAAAAAAAAAGCAAAACUGAAGAUUUGCAGACUGUUAGGCACCGGUAUCUGUCUGCUAUAAGGAAGCUGUGGUUAUGAAGAUAAUCAUGGUUUGGAGAAAGUGGUUACUUCUGAAUGUGUGUUGUGAAAGAGUUGUGGUGGGUCGGUGUGCAGGGCUGUGCUCAGGACUGCUACACUGAGGAAGUCAUUCGUUCCUCGAUUUUCCCAGAAAUUACGGCUUUCAAAGAUUCAGUUGUCAGAAGUUACAAUAAGAUAUUUUUUCGUUAUCAAACUGAUGAAAGUGGUGAUCCCAGCACACAGGGACAGGAACCAGGACCGCACAAGGCAGCUGAUGAGAGAAAUUAAGCACACCAUUAUAUAUCAGGGUUUGACUUUGAAAAGGAAGGUAUGAAUUGUUUGAAGGUUUUUGUUUCAUUAAGGGGUUGUCAUGUAAGGUGGAAUUGGAAAUCAGGUGCAUCAUUAACACUGACGGGAAAAGUCAGUAGUAUUCGUCUGACAUUUUAAUUAGUCCCAACCUCAUAAUAUUACUUAACUUACAUGGAACGCAGUUAUAUUGUGUUAAUUAAAUUGAGUUUAUGCAGCUGUUAACAUUUAGCAGUAGCACAAUCCUUAGCAUAGCUCUGUCCCUGCACUGUAGACCUGUAUGUUUGUCUGUGUCUGUCAGGGCUGAGGGAAUGUUUUUUUUUUUUUGUGCUCCCCUGAUGUACGUGUCUCCACCCAUGCAAGCUAUGAUGACUGAAACAAGAUAAAGCGACUAUUACGCUUCUGUAUCUACAGUAAAAUGCAUACUCUGUUCUCUUUGGCAACACCACCUCCAUCGCUGUACAGCUUUUUCUUGUGAAAGGAAACAUACUCAUAUUAACCAAGAUUUAUUUGCCAAAAUCUCUUUCCUAUGGUAAAGAACUCCAUCCUCCAACCCAUGUAUGCAAAUUUCUAUUUUAAUACGUUGGUUUUUGUUGGAGUCUUAGAAUAUUGCACUCUUAACUGUAACAAGUUGUGUAUUUGGUCAAUGCCAAGUGAACGCAAAGCAGUCGCCAUGUAAGGCAAGAUCAUAUGUAUGUGUGUGUGUGUGUGUUACAUGACUUCUGCAAGGCCACAUCAUACUGUCUGUGUUACAUUACUCCUUAGCAAGCUGACUUUGGAUCAGUUACUUGUUAGCGAUACUAUGUGCUGUGUUCAACCCUCACACUAAACUACAACUGUGUGCCGAUCAGUUAUACUGUAAAGUUCAAGACUGUACUGCCCCAUUCUGUUGUACGAAUAAAUGGACUGAACAUCU